UCCCGCCCCCCCUCCGCUCCUCUGCCCUCCCCUUCCCGCCCGGGGUCCCCCCCAGCGGCUCCGCGCUGCUCCGCGCCUUUGUUCCUGCCUUCCCGGCCCGAACAGCAGGUCCCUACGCCCACGGUCGCGGCCGGGCGGACCCAGCUGUAGCCCGGGCUGGUGUGCAGCGGGGGCCGCAGAGGCUGGAGGCCAGUAGGGGACAGUGGCGGUGCGCAGUGACCUCCCUCCCGCUUGCGGUGGACACUGUGGACUCUCCCUGGUCGCCUGCCAUGGCGUGUUCACAGCACGAGGCUGAGAUGGGCGACAGUGACCCCAAAACGACCAGCCCGCUUCUCCUGCCAGCACCAGGACCUGGGCUGUCCCUGCGCUGACUGCCCCUUGCCAGAGCUCCGGUCACCGGGAUCCUUGGAAAAGGCCGCAGUCCAGCAAAGAGGUGGGAGAGAGAGCUGUUCUGUCCAGGCUUGCAGGACUGCAGCAGGGCGUUUGCCCUCCAUCCUGUGUUCGCCAAAAAGAAAAGAUGUCCACCAAAUCCUCUCCACUGACCAGGGCCUCAGCCAGAGUCUCUGGGUAGAGUGUACGGUUAAAAAAGAAAUCAGUUUUCUACUCUU